AUGGAGCUGGGUGCGGGGAGGACACGGUGCACCCUGGGAUUUGUAGUCCAGACACGAAGCCCAGCUGCUUCCGCUUCCUUCCGCCCGGUCCCCGAGACGCCGGCGAGGCUGCGGUUCGCCAGCGACUGGCUCCCGCAGGCGCUUGGGAUUCCCACCUGGUUAGUGAAGGGCAUUCAAGAGCCAACUGAAGACCGGGAAAUGGUGGUGGCUCUUCAUCCAGUGGAAUCCCAGGGACUGGUGGUCGUUGAGGAUCUCGCUGUGUAUUUCUGCCAAGAGGAAUGUGUUAACCUUCACCCCAUUCAGAAGGAACUCCACUCAGACAUCAAGCAAGACAGUUUCAUGGAUGUGAUACCACUGGGAGGUGAAAACAAAGAGGAGACACUUCAGCAAGAGAAUACAGGGAGUGUAGGACCUCCAGAAAUGUCUGCAACUCUGAUUUCUGAGCUGGGAGAAGUGACUCUAAAUCAACCAAGAAGGCCUGAAGGGAGAAGUCUAGGUUUAUCCCAAGAAAAGAGAUUUAUAAGCCUUUUAGUUACCAUUGAUAAUCCUUCUCCAUUAAGAGAAUUAUCUCAGUGCAUAGAAAACAUAAUACUUUCUGAGAGGGAUAUUUACCUCCCAGAGCUGGGUGUAGCAGCAGCUUAUAGGUGUCAUGAAUGUGGUAAAAAUUUCACUAAGAGCUCACGACUUAUUUCACACCAGAGAAUCCACACAGGAGAAAAGCCUUAUGAAUGUGCUGAUUGUGGGAAGAGUUUUACUCAAAGAUCUACCCUUUCUACUCAUGAGAAAAUUCACCUGGCUGAGAGGCCGCAUCAGUGUGCUCACUGUGGAAAAACUUUUCGCCGAAGUACACAUCUUAUCCGACAUGAGACUAUCCAUACAAGAGAGAAGCCCUAUAAAUGUGACCAAUGUGGGGAAAGCUUCACUUGGAACUUCCAAAUUUUACAUCAUCAGAAGGUGCACACAGAGGGGAAGCCCUAUAAAUGUCUCUUGUGUGAGAGAAGUUUCCGUAGGAACUCAGAUCUUACCACUCAUCAGCGCAUCCAUACGGGAGAGAGGCCCUUCAAGUGUUUAGAAUGUGGAAGAAGCUUCAGUCAGAGAUCAAACCUAAUUACUCAUAAGAGAACCCAUACAGGAGAGAAACCUUAUAAGUGUGUUGACUGUGGGAAAAUUUUCCGCCGUAGUUCACAUCUUACUCGACAUGAAAUUACCCAUAGGGGAGAAAAAAUCCACAAAUGUAAUGAAUGUGGAAAAAUAUUCACUUUAUAUACUGAGUUUGUGCAGCAUCAAAAGAUUCACGAGGAAGAGAAGCUGUAUUGUUGUAUUGAGUGUGAGAAAAGCUUCAGUUGGAAAUCAGACUUUAUUACUCACCAGAGACUCCACUCAAGAGAAAGAGUUAAUAAGUAUCCCACGUGUGAAAAAAGUUUCAGACUGAAUUCUCAUCUUGUUAUUCAUGAGAGAACCUACACAGGAAAGAAAUGCUAUCAAUGUUUUGAGUGUGAUAAAAGUUUUUAUAAAAAUUCUGACUUCAUUAUUCAUCAGCGACUCCACACAGGAGAGAAACCUUAUCAUUGUGCCAACUGUGGGAAAAACUUCAGUCGGAACUCACAUCUCAUUCGGCAUAGAAAGAUCCACAUACGAGAGAACUUAUAUAGCUCAUAGGGCAGUUCUCAGUAUUUUGGCUGUGUUUAACAUCUUUGGGGACUAGUGCACCACAUAACAAUUUUUGGCAAGACUUGGGCCCUCCCGAGGGGGAGAAAAGUGAUAGUAUUGCAGCAUUUACAGUGUUGUGUUUUAAUCUAAAUUUUUUAGCUUGGGGUUUUUUUUUGUGUGUGAUGGUUUUACUAUUUGAAGUGCUUGAAAAAAAAGUAUUUAUGAAACUAGGUAGGUGAAAUUUUGUAAUAAAAAGACCAGAUGUUAGAGUUGAUUCUGAAAUGAGCAACAUUAAAAUGUACUAAGGUUACUAAGCAUAGGAGACAUCCUUUAUCCUUUGUAUAAACUCAAGCUAUUUCCAAGAUUGCACUUUUAUUCUCACUUCAAACAGGAAUAUAUUUCAUUAGAGUUCAGAGUCACUAAAACACAAAAACAAAAACAUAAAAUGUAAAGGUUUUUUUUUAAAAAAGCAAAAGCUAGGUGUGAGUUCUAUUUGCCAAGCUGAAGUUAUAUUACUUGUUGCAACCUCAUUAGUAUCAUCCAACUCUUCCUCAGUGCUUUUACAUCCUCAAUAAACCUCUUUUGUUUGACUAA